GGACAAUGAGGCUUUGAUCCCUGGCAGGCAUUCAACCUAGAUUUUGAUCCAUGGAGAAUGCCUACAGUAUGGUUAGAAACAGAACUCACUAUAAUGUGAAAGCUGCUAUUAGUCAACGCAAAGGCCAUAUGGUUAGUUAAUAAAAGCUUGUCUACAUCAUGAUGAUGAUGUAAACAUGUUUGUUGUUGUUGUAUGCUACAAGCUAGCGUUUGACUCCAGCUGACCCCCAUACUCCUGAUUGCUGUGUCAAUGUCUGGAUCCAAACACUCCAGUGAUAUUUAUGAUCCUUUCCUCCAUUUGUAUCACUUUGCAGGUUGCAAUAUUUCAUCAAGAUAAUAAAAGUGUGAGGAGCUUUCCAGGCGGAGAGAUAGAGGAAACUGAUAAAGCACCAUUGGUAUUUAGCACCACAGAUCAUGGAGCACAGCCCUCCACACUUCCUUCAGCAGAAAGGCUAAGAGAAGCUUCCAGGCAGCGCUGACUGACUGACCACUCUGCUCCCCCCAUGGCCAACAACAGCAGUCCAGCCCGGGGCCAGAGCCAGGGUCAGGGCUCCAUAGCCAACAGCAGUCCAUCACAGCCUCUGGGCCAGGCCGGGGCUGUAGUGGCCUCCUCCUCCACCCAGCCUGAUGUGGUGGUCUACUGCAAGCUGUGCCUUAGUGAGCACCCCUCAGCAGCAACCAGCACGCUGCACACCUGUGACUGUGUCUUCUGCACCCCGUGUCUGCAGCAGUAUGUUCAGCUGGCCAUCCGGGAGGGUGGGGGCAGCCCGGUCACAUGUCCAGACAUGGCUUGUCAGAGGACAGGAGUCCUACUCCACUCAGAGAUAGCCUGUUUUGCCUCUGCGGAUCAGGUUGAGCUGUACCAGCGGCUGGAGUUUGAACGAGGGGUGCAGCUGGAUCCUAGUAGAGCAUGGUGUCCGGUGUUGGAGUGCCAGGCUGUCUGCAGCGUCGGGCCCAGCUCAGAGGGCCAUCCUACGUCCGUGCCCUGUCCAGCCUGCCACACCGUCUUCUGCUCUGGCUGUAGAGGGCCCUGGCAGGACGGGCACACUUGCCCCGAGCACCAGCCUAUGACAUCAUCAUCAUCUGCCUCAGAGAGCAGGGGCCGGUCAUGCAGUGACUCUGAUCUGCCCAUCAAGCAGUGCCCCAUGUGUGGUGUGUACAUCGAGAGGAACCAAGGCUGUGCCCAGAUGCUGUGUAAGAGCUGCAAACACACCUUCUGCUGGUACUGUCUGCAGAACCUGGAUGGUGAUAUAUUCCUGAGGCACUAUGAUAAGGGGCCAUGCAGGAACAAGCUGGGCCACUCCCGAGCCUCCGUCAUGUGGAACAGAACACAGGUGUUGGGCAUCCUGGUUGGCGUCAGUGUCAUCGUGCUGGUGGCCUCGCCUCUCCUCCUGCUGGCUUCGCCCUGCAUCCUGUGCUGCCUGUGCAAGCCUUGCCGAGGCAAAAAGAAGAGGAGGAAGAAGAAAGAGCUCACACAGACAGACAUACAGCCAGAACUCAGUCCCACCAAGUCAUGAAGAGAGACUGCUCCUUCUUCUCACCACGGUCUGGGAAUGGAUCCAUUCAGUCACUUCAGGAACUGAUUUUAAUUCAUGAAUGAAAACACUUCAUUGAAAAGAAUGGGGUAAUUUUCAACUCAUUGAAUUUUAAAUAAUGUUAUUGAAUUGACAGAAUUGAAAACUGACUAGUACCCUGAUUCCCACCAUCUCACACACACAUACAGUACAGGACCACUGUCUACCACCCUCAUGUGCCAAACGUCACGAUGCCAAACCAGUCUUGUUACAGUAGGUGCACAAGUGCCUCCAUCCUACAGUGCCUGGUAUUUGGUGGUAUUUGUUUUGCCUUCCAUUAUAUUAUGCAAAAAUGUGUGUUGUUUAUGAAAAGGAUGACUGUAUGUAACAUAGGAAAAAAUCCUUAAUCAAUGCAAACAUUGUUUCAUAAUUUGCUGUGGAAACUGCAUUGUGCACUGUAUUGGGUACUGGGAGAAAAAUGUGUACAUCCCAAAUGGCACCCUAUUCGCUACAUAGUAUACUACUUUUGACCAGUCCCUAACCACUAGGCAGCAUAGCACUAGGCAGCAUAGCCUAGUGGUUAGAGCGUUGUAUUAGUAAUCGAAAGGUUGCAAGUUCGAAUCCCCGAGCUGACAAGGUACAAAUCUGUCGUUUUGCCCCUGAACAAGGCAGUUAACCCACUGUUCCUAGGCCGGCAUUGAAAAUAAGAAUUUGUUCUUAACUGACUUGUCUAGUUAAAUAAAGGAAAAAUUAAAUAAAAAGGUGUGCACUAUAAUGGAAAUAUGGUGCCAUUUUGGAAGUUACCAAUGAUAUAGGGCUUCAAAGGUGCACAUAGAAAUAUUUUCUGCUGCUGACAGAUAGUUUCCACCUGGAAUUCCAGACCAAAUUUCUGUUGGAUUCUAUAUACUACUACUACUAUAAUGUAUGUAAAUAUGUAUUUAUGGAAUUGUGUAUAUGGUGUACUGUCUUGUUUCUACUUUUUUCGUUGAUGUUUCUGCAUCAGAUAUUUUGUAAAAGAUCCAUUGUAAUUGAAAUAAACAUCAGAUAUUGAACAUG